AUUGACAGACGCAAGCUGCAAAGGGGUGGAUUCUAAGCUUAGUAAGCGGAAGCUCGCUUGUACGAAGCCGAGUUGAUCAGAACAUGGCGCCCUUGACAAUUUGCAGAAUAAGACCUCCAACAACAUUAUGGCGACCAGCGCUUCGUCUGUUCAGUUUAGUCGUUCUGUCCAUAUUCCUGACUUCACAGACGGCGCUUGCCAAAAAGGACCACCUCAGAGUUAUCACAGACAGUAACUGGGAGGAAAUCUUGGAAGGAGAAUGGAUGAUUGAGUUCUUUGCCCCUUGGUGCCCAGCUUGCCAGCAGCUCCAACCCGUGUGGAAUGAAUUUGCAGAGUGGGGGGAGGACAUGGGGGUGAACAUCGCCAAAGUGGACGUCACAGAACAGCCGGGUUUGAGUGGUCGGUUCAUCAUCACGGCUCUUCCAACAAUCUACCACUGUAAGGACGGAGUGUUUCGCAGGUACCAGGGUGCUCGGACCAAGGAUGACUUCCUGAGCUUCGUUGACGAGAAAAAGUGGCAAGAAAUAGAACCCGUGUCCUCCUGGUUCGGGCCAUCAUCCUUCAUGAUGAACACGAUGUCGGCACUCUUCAAGCUCUCCAUGUUCAUACGGCACUGCCAUAACUACCUCACCGAGCAGAUCGGCAUCCCGGUGUGGGGGUCGUACACCAUCUUCGCCCUGGCAACACUUUUCUCCGGCCUGGCCUUGGGUCUGAUCUUGGUGUUCAUCGCAGACUGCGUCUUCCCUUCCAGAAGAUUCUCUUCGUCAAACUACUACCAGAAGAAACAGGCCCUUCAGCAGGCCCGGAUAAUGAAACAGCUGGAGGUUGAGCAUGAGGCAGAUGGGGAGGAAGAUGAUGAGGAAGAGGAGGACGAGGACUAUGACGACAGAGAGCAAGAUGAUUUGUGGAGCAGGGGGGUGCCUGAGGGACGGCCCAUUCCCAGGACGGGGGACUUUGAAGAGGAAGCGGUGCGGAGGAGGGUCCUAGGCACUCGCGAAGAAGAGGAGGACACCUAGUGGCCCGGAGGGGAACUGAAGAUGCCUGCAAACGGCACUGAAGAGCCUGGAACUUGUGCAGCGGCGGAGUUGGCGAUGCAGACGAUGUGAUUGGCCAGCUACGCUUAACAGUUUUCUCCCUCCACCUCUGUGGGAGAGCGUGCCAGACUCUCCAUACUGAAUAGCAUCCUCGUGACUGCACAAACACUCCCAGGGGAAGAUAACUAUCCUCAUUACAGAUACUGUUUGCGUUUUUAUUUUGGGUGGGACGGGUUUUUUUUCGGUUUCAGUAACAACCUGGAGUAAAAUCAUUUUGCGAUUCUUUGUUAUUGUUUUUACUGUAUCUCCUUUAUAUUAAUCUAUGUUAACGUACUAUGCCGAGUUUGUGCCGAAACGCCCUCUAGAGAACAAAAAAAAAAAGAAAAAAGUUUUGUGGUUUGUUUUUGUGAACACUGUUUGUGUUCUGGCUUUUCUCAUUCCCUUCCCCCCCCCUUCUCAACUUACUCGUUUGCUCAGAAAUCCUGUUAUUCUGAGAGCUAUUGGCCUUUCGUAUGUCAUGCCUACCAGCUCCACAGUUUCCUGUCUCCUGUUUCUGCAGUUAACACCCAAUAAGGUUUGAGGCUUCCACACCUGCUUGUCUGAUUGGCCGACACACGGCCUUAAGUUCGGUGCUGAGGUGAAGUGCGUGGCCGCAGUUGGGGGCCCAGCAUGCAGGUGCACGUGUCCCACCACUGUCGUGCGGCUGUGGGGAGUUUUAAAAAUGAGCCUGUGGGCACAGUCUUGAGAGAAACGCCAGAGCGCACAUCCCCCCUUUUUUCACUUGGAGUUCUGCUUUGCCCCCAAACUCUGAGGGACGGCAACCUUGAGCCGCUUCUUUUGCGCAUAUUUAUAGAAGAAUAAAAAAAACACCGGGGCUGUUUGUUCUUUGAAUGUAAAGAAUUACUUCAGUUGCAUCUAUAGUGUGAACGAUGUUGGCUUUAGUACAGGCGUUUUUUAAAUUUUAUUUUUAACUUUAAUUUUGUCCGGGCAUUGGCUGAUUCCCAUCUUGAUGGUGAAUCAGUCUUUUUUUUAAUUAUUAUUUUUUAUUGCUGGGCAUUGUCUAUGCCUGCUGCUGUUUAAGGCUUUUCCUAUUGGUCUAUGUAUUAACCUUUCAGUUUACAUGCAUGAGAAAUAACUUUGAAAAAGAAAAAAAUAAUAAGAGAUCAAAUGGCAGAUUUCCUUGUGGAAUAUCCAGAGCCUAAUAAAAAGCUCUAUCUUUGUGAACAGCUGGCUUGAUAAGCAGUUUGGCCGGCUGGAUCUCCAGGAAUCCCAGACGCUGUCCUUCUUAGCACGGACCAAUCAGGGCCGAGCUCAGAGGUGCUAUCUAUAGCUGGUGUCAAGGAGAUGCACUGGGCCGCACCUUUGCUCCAAAUUCGCGCCGUUGUUCCCUCUUAAGUGGAACAGCACCCGUCUGCUGUACCCAAGGAAUUGUGGGAACAAAACGUGAGCUGUCCUCACAGGGGCUGCUGGGAUACGUUAUCAUGAAACAGCAGCAACACUAAUUCAGGCUGUAGAUCACGAGCCGAUGGUGUUGCUUUCAGGCCUAAAUUAAGCAGGUGUGCAUUGAUAGCCCUGUACCUGCACAGCUUGGGAGUGGCUUACAAGUUUAUCUGAAGAGGAAUGUCGUUUGUAUUGUCUUGCUUUUGAGUUUGUGUGGGGAAGUGAAACAGAAGUGGGGGGGCGGGGGUGUGUGUGUGUGUGUGUGUGUGUGUGGGAAAGUAAAGCUGUACCGCCUUCAGUGGAACGUGGGGAGACAGUGUUACAUUAUGCUCCAAAUAUGGCAUCUCUUUUUUUAUUUAUUUAUUUUUUUUAAGCACUCCGUGUGGGAUUGGUGGUGUGGUUCUGGAGCGGUCGGGUGUCUGCGAGCGUCCACGCUAAUCCCACGGCUCCUCCUCAGAUGUAGUCUGGCAGAACUGACGGAAAGUGUUGCUCUGACGUGACCUGUAGGCUCCUCUCCAUUACCUACGGAUCAAAUGCUGCUUUUACCUCAGCCAAGAUGUAACAUGAAACAAAAUGGACCCGGUUCACCAACUGCUUUUUUUUUUUUCUUUUCUUUUUUUUUGCCUCUUACUUCACAAACAAGAUUAAAGACAUGCCUCAUGUUUUAAGCCAAA